AUGACGCAAUUACCGUACUUGCUCGACCGCCGGGGAGGCGCGUUAGCAGCGCCUGCGACUGCUUGGGGUGAUAUGAUGCUUAACCGCGCGCUGUUUUCGGUUGCAUUGUUGAGUUCGGUGGGGUCUGCUUGGGUUGUGCUGAGUUAUGCUUGUAUUAAAGAACUUCGGUCAUACCGCCACCAGUUGAUCCUGGGUUUGGCGAUAUCGGAUCUGCUUAUGUCGCUGAAUUUUAUGUUUUCGGCGGGGUGGAAUGUUGCGGGUGGGGAUUUGGCGUUGGAGGAGAGUAGGACUGCGUGUUCGGUGAAUGGGUUUUUGACGCAGGUUUUUGUGGUGCAGACGGAUUGGUGGAUCUUGGUUAUCGCCAUAGCAACAUACAUUAUCCUUGGAAACUUUAAGACCCAGUCACAGUUUAUCCAGACACACGUGUGGAUUCCAUGGGUAGGACCAUGGGUGCUAUCCAUUAUUAUCGCCGCUAUCUGUCAUGGGGUUUUAGGAUACGGGUAUAUCGGCGGCUGGUGCUGGCUUACCAGUGACCUCAUGCGUCUCCUCAUAAACUUCAUCCCACGAUGGCUAAUCGUCAUCGCUAUCGCAUUAAUCUACAUCCGUCUUUAUAUGAUAGUCCGCAAAGCCCGAAAAUGGGAUAUCGAGGGCGUUUCUCCAGAUCCAGGUGAUGAUAUGGCCGAUACCAGUGUAAUACUCAUGUCAGUGGGGAAAAAAGAUAGAGAAAGACAAGGGAGCGGGGUAUUGGUAUCCCGAGAUGUUAGUGUCAGUUUUGGACGGAAAGGGUCGACUGCACCGACUUUUGUGACAAUGGUGACGACGAGUGGAGCAGGAGAUAGUAGAGAAGCUAUAUCAAGUUGUAGUGCUAGGGAAGAGGGCUCGAGGGCGAGGACUGUGAAUGUGAAUAGCAGUCGGAGUUUGUCGUUGGGGAUGAGACAGCCGUUGAAUGCGGCGCAGUUGAAGAGGAUUGCGAAGAAGAUGAUGGUGUACCCGGUGGCAUAUGCAAUAAUAUGGGCUUGUCCAACAGCGAUACGGAUAUACCAGGGCACAACAGGGUCGAGAGCACCGUUAUGGAUUACAAUUGUGGAUAAGAGCUGUAUUGUUAUCCAGGGUCUAGUAGACGCUGUCGUAUAUGGACUGAACGAGCGAGCAUGGCAAGGAUGGCGCGAUCACAUUCGCCGGAUAAUAUACAAGAACGAGGGCGGCAGGAUCAUUGGAUGA